UCUUUUAUCUUUUCGGCAGUUUCUUGAUUUGACAAAUGUCAACAGUGUUACCGUUAUUGGUCUCAGGUAUUAAAAAUGACUAAAAUAACGAUAUGUGGAUUUUACUGCGAUUCACUCCUGUGUCUGGGAUAGUUUGACAAUUGCCUAACAUUUCCGGGUCAGCUUAUAAUCACGUGAAAUACAUUUGACAGCAUUACUAACUGCGGAACUGUGAAUAGCUACCUUAGCUAACCUAUCUGAAAUACCGUUUACUGAUACAAGUACACCUGGAAGGUGUAAAACAUGGACGAAGAUGGACUGCCCAUAGUUGGAUCGGGAAUAGAUUUAACAAAGGUACCAGCUAUCCAGCAGAAGAGAAUCGUUGCCUUUCUCAACCAGUUUAUUGUGCACACUGUCCGAUUCCUUAACCGAUUCUCCACCGUCUGCGAAGAGAAACUGGCCAACGUAUCCCUUCGUAUUCAGAAAAUUGAAACCACUCUCAGUAUUUUGGAAGCAAAGCUGUCCUCCAUUCCUGGUCUGGAAGAUGUGAGAAUAGAAGCGGUAGGACCAGCUGUAGACUCCAACGGUCCAGCGAUGGUAACCAGCCAGUCGCAGAUUCCUGCAGCUACGUCUCCUCCUGAGGAGACACCAGACCAGCAGAGAGCAGAAGCAGUCACAGAGAACAUCCCAACUGUGUCUACAGACCCGCGUUAUGCCAGAUACCUGAAAAUGGUGCAAGUGGGUGUUCCAGUAAUGGCUAUAAAAAACAAGAUGAUCAAUGAUGGCUUGGAUCCCAGCCUACUGGACACUCCCAAUGCACUCGUGCCUGAUGUGGGGAAGAAGGAUGGGGAUGAUGACAGCUCCAGCGGCGAAUCAUCUUUCAGCGACUGACUCCUCUUGUGCCUUAGCAACGAAUCAUCGCUUGGCGACUGACCCCUCCCAGAAAGAGUUAGAGUGACACUACAGCCUUACAGUGAGAGCCUUACAGUGAGUGCAGUGUACAUGAGUGGCAGAAGAGGAAAGAAGGGGAGGAGAAUAGGAAGUCCUGCCUCAGUUCAUUACUCUGGUCAGGAUUUGGUCUAUCAAAGAACAUCUUAAAGUACAAGCUUUUAUCGCCUGAAAUGUGAAAUGGCUUUUAGCUGAGCAAGAAAGAGAUCAGACUAAUGUGAAAAGACCUCAAAAGAACUAUUUGCACUUUUAUGUCUGUCAGCUCUUGAUUUUUUCCCUUAUUGAUGUAAUGACAUUGCGAUUUGCCAAAUGCUCAACUGUAUGUGGUAAGCAAUUUACCAUAUAUAAUAACAAUAAUGUACAAAGAUGUAAUAUAGAUGCAUAAUAAAGACUCCCUACUCAGUACAAAGUAA